GUUAGAUUUUCAUCGUGGAAUAUAGAUGUUGGCGUAGCGCCCGUUAUACUACUCGAGUCCAACUGUCGACCAGGCCUGUGAUCUGUCUCCAUUCCCCACUCCAUCAUGCAGAUGUUCAUCCCCUCUGUAUUAUCAGCCCUCGAGGCCCUAUUGAAGGGCCCAACCUGGUUGCUACGGAUAGUAAUAUCCAAAUUCUUUGGCAGGAAAAAGCCCCCGCGACCGUCAAUACAACCCCGGACUGCAAUAUCCGAGUCUGAUUCACCAUAUGAAAUCACUCACUCGCAACGUCAGAGAUCAUUUGAGCGCACCCACUCGCAGCAGCAAGGAUCAACUCACCACUCGUACCCGCCGCCACUGCGUCCAGCGGCCGAAUAUGGUCAAUCCCCCUCCGCUCAUCAAUCUUCUUCCGCUCGUCAAUCCCCUUCCGCUUAUCGACCCCCUUCCACUCCGAGUCAUCAACCCUCUUACACUCAUCAAUUCCCUUCCGCUCCCCAACUACCUUCGCAGCACACACCCUAUCAGUCUCAUCAAUCGAGCGUACGACUACCUGCACAACCUACUCCCCCCAUAUCUCCUGAUGUUCCUCCGGUGAAAAAGCCUGUCCGAAGUGACAUCCCUCGGCGGUCGCGUCGUCCUUCUAGACCCAAAUUACUUACAAGAACUCCAGAGGAUGUUGUGACGCCCAUUGAGAUUGAUCCCCAUGAAGAUGCCUAUUCUCUUCGUCUCAAAGCCAGAGAUGAAAGAGAUCGUAUGAAAAAAUGCUUCAAGCAGAGGGAUAAAGCGUCUGCUGACAACAACGAAAGGCUCGCUGAAGAGCUUUCCUGGAGAGGUGACGUGCACAAAGACAACAUGAUGCGCUUGAAUAAGGAAGCCAGCACGAAGAUAUUUGAUGAGCAUAAUCAAAGACCCAGGUCCGACGUGAUUAAUCUCCGCCGACUCUUAGUCUCAGAAGCCAAGUUAGCCUUCGCCAAGGCUGUUCAAGAGGUACAGAACCGUGGAGAAUCGUCACUUCGUGUGAUCGUAGGAAGGGGAAAACGCUCCGACAAUAACAUCGCGAGGAUCAAACCUGCAAUUCAAAAAUAUGGGAAAAGAUUGGGUCUGCGCGUUGAAGUGGAUCCUCUCAAUGUUGGCCGCCUUGUUGUGAGUUGGUGAAUUUUAAUUCCAGCUAACUUGAACGGCGAUCCUCAUCAUGACGCACUCACACGUGCUUUUUUAUGUUAUCCUUCCCCUUUUUAUACCCGAGCAUGUACGAUACCGGAAUUUUUUGGUAUAUAUACUUCAUUCUAUUUUGUCUAUAGGAAACUGGUUUUGGUACAAUGUAGUGAUAUGAUGCAAGUACGGUAGUCUCAUAGCUCCAAUAUUAAUU